CAUUGUUAGCUAACCAACAAAAUGGAUGACAGUUUGGGACUCGGCUCUUGGAGUGUUGUUUCAGAGAAAAACUUCAAUGAGAAGUACACUCCACUCCACUCCCUCCCGGCCCACUCCCUCCACAGCAAUUAAAUUAAGUCAAGUAUAUUUCUGAACUUCACACAUAAAGUACAUGAGAUAUGCAUUGACUUGUGUCUACGACCAUACCACGUUGAAAACACCGGUUCUGCUUUGAUCUACUUCCCAAAAUAUAAUUGUCCAGUCAUAAUUUACUCACCUUCCCCAGCCAUAGACACAGGUACGUAGCUCAUACCAUAGAUAGUAACUAUGCUCAUACACAAUACAAGGACACUCAUUCUCAGCAGUAUGUAGACUACAUUGUAGUAUCUGAAUACCCAGUAACUAUCUCGUUUGUUCAGCUAUUUGUUCAUGAUCUAUAUCUGGAGACCAGUAAACUGCACUGGUAAAGUUUACUACCGUACAUGUAUAAUGUACUUUGCAAUAGAACAAACCAAAUGGAGUGUUUGCUUUAUGUCAUUGUGUGGGUGUGUAUUGAAGGGGGAGGGGCCUUCAAUAUGUUUCCAACAUUAACAUGUGUCAGUCCACUCUUCAAUCUAUGGUCAGUCUGAGCUAGCUAUGUUUUAUACUCUGUCACUAGCACUGAAUACAGCAUUGUAUCAUCAUGCUGCAAGAGCUUUUGCUGCUGCUGCAGUGAGGCCAGCUUCCACUGUGCCCCUGUCUGUGAUGACUGUGAAUUCUCUGUCAGGAGAAGUGGAGAUGACUAGGAGCUCCCUUCGGACGAUUAUCCAUCAACUGGAAGACGAUACCCCAAGAGCUUUGAGUACUAUUGGUCUCCUGAAGCAUGCCAUUGAGGGCCGUGUGCUGUGCAAAAUCCACAUCAAUGGCUGGCCAUCAUUUAAUACUAUCAUCUGUGAGGUGAUCUACCCAAGAGCCUCUGAGGUGGCUGAUAUAUUGUGUUAUUCAAGAGGCUCUGGAGAGGAUGUUCUUCAACUCAUUCUCUCUAACAACCUCAUCUCAUGGGGAAGGAGACAACAAAUUUAUUACCUUGAGAGCAAGUUCAGUGAUUAUUUGAGUGAGAAUCUGUUGGACCCGUCCACUGGAGGGAGAGUGCUCAAACCCUCCAAGGAAUAUGUGUCUGCAUAUUUCCCUAAAGGCUCGCAAAUAAAAGAAAUACCAUGCCCUGAUGGAUUUGUACUGGGUCACCUCAACUCACGGCACAUUCCUUUACUUGCCAAACACUGGGGAAAAUUUCACGGCUGGACAUCAAGCCCCUACUAUAUAUCAAAACUCAUUUUGGACUUUGAGACCAUAGCUCUCUAUUCAGUGAAUGAUCUAGACAUCCCAGUUGCCUGGAUAUUGCAAAAUCCGUUUGGACGCCCGAGUAGCAUAUACAUUACAGAAGAAUAUCGCGGCAUGAACUUGGGGACACUCCUAACUGUGGAAAUGUUUAAAGCUGUCACAUCACAAGGAUUGAUACCAGAGACAUUCACGGAGCUGGGAAACAAUUUUAGAAAUAUCACAGCCAAACUUGGAGGUAUUGAGUCAGACUACACACUCAAGUGGUUGCUACUGGAACAUUAAUCCUAAAUUCAAAGUAAAAUUUAAAUGCUCAUUUCCUUAAUCCUUUAAAAUUCCCAUGCAUGUGUUAUUGAAAUCCAAAUUUUAGCUGACAGCUAUCAAUGGCGGAAAUAUGCACUAACUAUAGGGAGGGGGGGGGGCAGUUUCUUAGUCUUUUCAUAGCUUCAAUCUAUGGUCUUUUGAACAGAGUAUCUCUCACCAUCAGAUUUGUACGAAACUAAGUUUUGAAUGUAUCUCUGCAUGUGCAAAAUCCCAAUCUUAUUUAGUAGCCUCUUGUUGUGUGAUAAAAGAAUUUCAACAAGCAGAAUCAACCCAGAAUCUUGAGAAUGCAUUCAGUGCACCCAGAGAAGCGCAUUUUUACCAAAACAAAAUGGAUGACAGUUUGGGAGUCACUUGGAGUGUUGUUCCAGAGAAAAACUUCAAUGCUUUGAUUGAGCAGUUCAAAGGAAAAUGUCACAGCUGGGUUGUGAUGCUGUCUACUGUGCAACGGAUAAAAUCUGGAGCUGUAGAAGGGAACAUUUUCACCAAUGGCUGGCCGAAGUUCUCAUCUCUUGUUCUUCAAUGUAGAUCAAAAGAACUGGUAGUGCUGGACUGUUAUGUCCUAGUUGAGCCAGACAGAAGUAUUAUAGAGUCUUUUGCAGAACAAUUACACAAGAUAAUAAGAUCAGAAGAACGACUUUAUUGGAUAUUUGCUAAUGCAGGGCUCGCUAAAGACCUCCAGCCACUGUUGCAGCUGAAAGCUACCCAGCCUGGUCUGGCUACCCCUAGCUAUUGUGUGGAUGUGUUAGCAGAUCUGAUCUUCUACUAUAUUCCUGUCACUGAUGUGAGCACGUUCACAAAAGAAGAGCCUCUGCUUGUCCCAGACGAUUAUGUAUUGAGAAAACUUGAAGAUCGACAUUUAGAAGUUGUCUCCACUGUAUGGGAGUACCCGGUAUGUGGUGGAAUAAUUCCAUUUCUUACAGACCUCGUUAAGCUCUAUCACAGUGUGGGUGUGUUUACGCGGCUACCCUCUGGUAUCAUCAGUGAAACACCAAUUGGCUGGUGCUUGCAAUACCCUAAUGGAGAAGUGGGUAGUCUGUAUGUUGUUGAAGAGUACCGAAGGAAAGGACUGGCCAAGAUCAUGGUGCAGCACAUGUGCAAGCUAGUCGUUGAAGACGGAGAGAUUCCUUUUAUUUCUGCAGAAAAGAAUAAUUUUAAGCCCAUUUCUCUUUUUUUGAAUGUGGGUUUUGUUGAGUUAGGCAAUUGUGUUAAUUUAUUCUGCAUGUAGAUUUUGCAUGUAGAUUUUUGUUUCUCCAUUAAAUUUUUUGUUGAUAUAAUUAUAAACAUUGUCUUGUGCAGUA